CUCUCCAUCUCCAACCCUGAAACCAAAACAUGGAAAUUUAUGAAAGUGGGAAGUAUUGUAUGCCCUCUCUCCAAGUCCAAAACUGAAACCAGUGCAGCUGCUGUGAAUCUUGUCGAGGAGAAAAGUACUGUAUGCCCUCUCUCCGAUGCCAACCCUGAAACCAGUGCAGCUCCAGUGAAUCAAGUAGAGGAGGGAUGUACUGUAUGCUCUCUCUCCAAUUCCAACCCUCAAACCAAAACAGGGAAAUUUAUUAAGUUGGGAAGUUUUACAUUUACAUGCCUUCUCUCCAAGACCAACUCUGAAACCAGUGCAGCUGCUGUAAAUCUUGUAGAGGCGGGAAGUACUGUAUGCCCUCUCUCCAAUGCCAAGUCUGAAACCAGUGCAGCUGCAGUGAAUAAUGUAGAGGAGGGAAGUACUGUAUGCCCUCUCUCCAAUGCCGACCCUGAAACCAGUGCAGUUGCAGUGAAUCAAGUAGAGGAGGGAAGUACUGUAUGCCCUCUCUCCAAUGCCAACCCUGAAAAGAAUGCAGCUCCUGUGAAUCGUAUAAAGACAGGAAGUAUUUUAUUUCCAGAACCAUACUGCUCGGCGAAUAAUCCUGAAGUCAUAUUUGAAUUUCUUGAAUCUGAGCAGCUCCAGCAGCGAAAGCCUUUCCUUAAAAAAAUUGAAGAGCUAUUUGAAGUUGGAAGUUCUAAUCAUCCAAUGUAUGGUGACGCACAGAAACUAUAUUCUUCUCUGCAUGAUAUACACCCUGCAUCUUGGUUUUCAGUGGCAUGGUAUCCGGAAGGGGAUUUUAAUGCGUCAUUUUUGACUUAUCAUUCACUGGGACAUUUGGUUGAGAAACUGAUCACUCCAAUUGAUUUACUCCAAAAGGAGGAAACAUCUGUUAUUGCCUUCCCAGUUUUAGGAUUGGCAAGUCACAAUGCACAGGUGAAGUGUGACAGAUUUAAGUUGCAUUUGGAGUUAAAUCUUAAAUGUCUGCAAGGGGAACUUGAAUUUAGGAAGUAAAGAUUGCGAUUAUGUUUAUUGAAUUGGUAUAUAGACCUCACAAUCUUGAAUUUGUAGGAAGAAGCCUGGUUUCAGCUGAGAAUUCCUGGAAAGGCUCCCGCGGCAGAAAAUCGUGUCUUCGACAGAAGUUUUACUCUCGAAGAACGGGUACAAGCAUUGGAGGAAAAUGCUUCACGCUUUUCUAGAGGUUGUGUUUGCAUAGGGAAUUCCGUGGUAUUCAAUCAACACCCAGACUACGAAUUAUUUAUUUCCCAGCAACGCUGAGAGGAGACAAAGAGGUAGUGGAACCUAUAGAAUAGAGUUUUGUAGAGAUGGUUGGAGACCUGUCCUACAUUACAGUUCUAUCAAAAUACAUGAUUAGUACUGUUGUCUGAGAAAGCUUGCAAAUUAAACUUGUUUUGGUUCUUUUACAUAGUAUUGAAAAUAUUCCAGCCAUCUCGUUUCCUUGUAUGGCUUAAAUGUGUGUUGUUACUCAAUCUUAGAUCUCUUUUCUUCUGGUGAUGAUAGUUGUAUGAUCAUUUUUUUCUCUAGAUGAAAUGUUAACAUGUU